CUGCCUUCAUUUAUAACGUUUGCCACAGAGCAGUUCUUUUGGGGUUCCACGCUUUCACCAUAAUCCGAUUCCUCUAAAAUAAGCCACCAUUACAUUCCUCUCAGCUGACUUGGCUUUGUAAAAAAUUCAAGGAGGAUGCUGGGUUCUCACCCGUACUAGAAAAGGAGCAACUUUAGAAUGCACUAAGAAAAAGUUUUGUUGGAAUGGAAAAAUGGCAGACCCAUUCACAAAUGAACCUUCCAUCCAUGACCCAGAUUUGGAUAAGAAUGUAUUUUGCAAUCCAGCAUUUGAGCCUGAUAAUGAGCAUGAUGAAGUCAAAGAAGUAUUUAAGGUUGCCAUAUCUUCAGAACCCAUAAACAGUCCUAUAACUCGGGGUGGCAGUGUGUUUGGUCUGUGUGCGGUGUGUGUGAAGAGACAGAGGUGUAGCUGGGGGGCACUGGUGUUAUCAGCAGCUGUUUUUUUAUUGUUGGCUGUCCUGGGGCUCACACUAGCACUUGUUUUUCUACAUUUGAAUGGAGACACUGCUGAGAGCAGAGUACUGUCUUUAAACUCUUGGAAUGGAGACAGGGUUCAACAAAGUCUUAUCCCAAAUCCCACUAUUUCUCUUCCUGAAAACAGUUCAGACAUGCAACACCCUGAGCACAAGCCCAUCACAUCUACAAAAUGUGGAGGGAUCCUGACUGAAUCAGAAGGAACUAUUUUCUCUCCCAACUAUCCAGGCCCAUAUCCUCCUGACUCCCUGUGUGUGUGGGUGAUCAGGGUGUCGUCCCCAUUUCUGGUCCAGCUCUACAUCUCCUCCUUGGCCAUUGAGGGGCCACAGCCAUGCCUCUUUGAUUGGCUGGAGCUUAGAGAAGAGGGAGAGCAUAACAUUAAAUUUACCAGGUUCUGUGGUAAUGUGGCUCCACCCACUGUAAACACUAACAGCAGCACUGUAUGGAUUUCCUUUCGAUCCGAUACCAGCAUUGGAGGCAAUGGUUUCAUUGCACACUAUCAGGCUAUCCUUUCAUGGCAAAAAAGCUGCUCUAAGGAGGAGUUUAUGUGCGAUAGAGGCCGUUGUCUGUUGCCUGUGUCUGUGUGUGACAGCCAGCUGAACUGUCAGGACCAGACAGAUGAGGCAAACUGUAGCCACAAAUACAAGGACUGUGGAGGUGAAAAGACGGGUCCAAGUGGCUCACUGAUCAGUCCAAAUCAUCCAAAGGCUUAUCCUCAUCAGCAGCAGUGUACAUGGCAUAUAUCCACAAAGAAAGGCAACGUUAUCCAACUGAGGUUCCACAACUUCAGCCUGGAGACUGGAGAUGUCUGUGAGUUUGACUACAUUGAGGUUUAUGAUAGUGGCAACACUAGAGACAGCAAAAUCCUAGGCAGAUACUGUGGCUCAGAUCUCCCUCCUGACCUUACCUCCACUGGGCCGGUGAUGACUGUGGUGUUUGUGGCUGAUAAAGGUGUGGCUGACAGUGGCUUUUAUGCCUCCUAUCAGGUCAUCUCUCUCUCAGAAAGAAGCUGCAGUCCAGAGCAGUUUGCCUGCAGCACAGGAGAAUGCCUGCACCAUGACUGGCUCUGUGAUGGCUGGACUGACUGCACAGAUGGUUCAGAUGAGCAAGACUGCAUCAACUCCACCUAUUCCUCUUUCAGUUCAUCAUGUGAGCCCAUUCAGGUGGAGAUGUGCCAAGGUCUGAACUACAAUCUCACAUCCUUCCCCAACAUAUGGCUUUCCAUUUCUGAUCAGACAGAGGCUGCUUUUGUUCUUCGUCAGUACAAUGUGCUGACAGAGUUAGACUGUUUCAAGCCCCUGCAGCAGCUCGUGUGUGCUCUGUUUGUGCCACAGUGCAAUGUGCAUGGUGGUGUGCUGCAGCCAUGCAGCUCUGUGUGUUCUGCAGCAGAGCAGCAGUGUGCUCAUGAGCUAGAGCUCUUCAGCCUCAGCUGGCCCUUUAACUGUCACCUGCUGCCUGACUCGCACGACCUCACGCAGUGCUCUGUGCCAGAGGAUACCACACCGCUUACACGGACACAUCUCAAAACAUGACUAGGCAUUAGUGAAAGUGUUUUUGUAAAAGUCUUUAUUGGGAUAAUUCAAGUUUACUUUUGUGAAGGUACUCUAAAAUAUACUUUAUACCAUUUCAUAUUUUGUUACACCAAUGACCUUGUAUCUGUUCAGUGCAUAAACUAAAAAGAUUUACAUGA